AUGGAUUUAUUGACUGAUGAUAUUAAUGAAACAUUAAUGGAUGAAAAUAAUAUAAUACCUGAUUGUUUUGAUGAUCGAUUGAAUAUGGAAGAAGAUGAUGAUCUUAUUAAAGAUCCUGAAGAUGAUCCAAGAAUUGAUGAAGAAUUAAAUCGUGAAAUUGAACAAGCAGAUACAAUUGCAAAUGAACCUGAAGAUAUUUAUAAUACUGAUGAUGAGGACACAGGUAUCAAUGACAGUGGUUUUAAUGAAAAUAGUACUCCAGAUCAUAUUCAAGAAAGUCCUACAAUUAAUUCCACACCUACUCUAUCUCUUGGACGUGGUCGAAUAGGAAAAAAACCUGUUGAUGAAAACAAUCAUCAAUUACCAGCGCCACAAGUUCGUGAUGUUGAACCGGACAAAGAUUUUUAUUCAAAACCUGCAAGAAUAGCAAAAUUACCACUUGCAUAUUACAGAAAACGGGAAGGUCCAACAGUACAAAAUGAACGUCGUGCACCUCGUGUAUCAUCUCCUUUAAUCGAUUUUCGAGCAACAUUCACUGAAAUAUCAUUUAUUGUCGAUAAAGAUGAUUCCGGUGACAAAGGCUAUCGUCAUGCAUGUAAACGUUUUGAACAAUUACAACCUGAUAUAGAUUUAAAUUCAUCAAAAUUUAUUUAUGACAUAUGGAGCUUUGGUUUAUAUAUUUCUUCAAUAAAAUUAGAAAAAUCUGUUUCAUGUAGUCUUAUAGAACUUUUUCCUCAAGAAAUUAAUAAUGAAGAAAAUCGACCAUAUUGGUUUAUGUUUAAACGUGUACCAAUGUUUUAUGAUUCAAUACUUCGUGAUAAAAUUUCAAAAGAAUCUGAUUCUGCGAAAGGAAUUUUAAUUAAAUUUGAUCGUACUAUAUAUGCUGAUUUAUCUUAUGGAGCAUUAACAUCAAUGAAUCGUUUUUAUCUUCAUCAAGAUUAUAUAUUUCGUAAAAAGACCCGAUGGUCAUUAUAUUUUCGUGAUGAUGCUUUUGAUAUUACCACAAAUGAAUUUCACAGAUUAAAUAAUAAUACUGAUUCAUAUCGAAUUCGACGAAAAUAUAAAAUACCACUGGAUAUUAUUGAUCGUGCAGUUAUUGUUCAAUUACGAAAUGAUGGAUUUGAUUUAUUUGUAAAUAUGAAAGGAAAUGUUCAUGAAUUAUAUGGAGAAAUAAAAUCGAUAUCUGCUGAAAAUAAUAUUUUUGUUGAAUAUGAACGUCAAGGAAAAUAUGACAGAGAAAUCAUGCCUUUAUUUUCAACAACUCGUAUACGUAUCAGACUUAAAAAUAAUCAAUCAAUAGUUGAAUAUCUUGAACGUGAUGAUAAAAUAUCAAAAAAUACUUUAUCCAAUGAAAAAGAUGAUCUUUUACAAACAUGUCGUGAUGAAUCAUUAAAAAACAUACGAAAAAUAUUUCGAACUUUUUUGGAUUUUUUUUAUAACAAUCGUAUACGUGUUUGUUUUGGUUCAGUAGGAUCACGAAACGUAUCAUUAGGACAAUUAAGUUCACUUAAAGGUCAAAGAUUUUCAACAUUUACACAAUCAUAUUCAUGGGCUAUGUUAUGUAAUAUUGGUUUUCGUGCACAAAUUCAAUUAAAUUUAACAAAAAAAUUUAUAAAUUGUUUACAUGAAUAUUCUGGUUUAAAAUUUGAUGAAAAAUAUUCUUCAGAUAUAGAUAAUCGUUUUUAUCGUUUAUGUUUAUAUUUACAUCGUCGAUUAUCAGAAUAUUUUUUUCUUGAUUUAGAUAAAGAAAUUGAAAUAGGUAUUGAAGAUUAUAAGGAUAAAUAUGUACGAUCAAAACAAAAAAAAUUUGAAAUACUUAAAUUUAAUCAAUUAACAACAUCAACAGCUUAUAUUCCAUCAGUUGUUUUAACACCAACAACAAUAAAAAUUCGUCCAUUAAAAUUAUGUAAAUUAAAUCGUGUUCUUCGUGAAAAACGAUUUGGUGGUUGUUUAAAUUUUGCUCUUGUUGAAUUACGUGAUGAAGCACAACGUUUACUUUUUCCUAGUGCAUUUCGUUCAUUAAAAGAACAAAUAUUAUAUUAUUUAACAGAUGGAUUUUUAUUAACACCAGAACGAAGAUAUAAAUAUUUACAUCAUUCUCAAAGUCAAGUUAAAUGUAAACAAUUUUGGUUUUAUUAUCAUGAUAAAGAACAUGGAUAUCUUUCACAUGAAGAUGCUUAUAUUUGGAUGGGAAAUUUUGAUAAAGAACGUGUUGUAGCUAAACAUGCGGCACGUAUUGCACUUUGUUUUACAAGUACAGAUGCAACAAUUCAGAUUACUGCAGAUAAAGUCACUUAUGAACGUGAUAUAAAAGAUGCAACAAAGAAGUACACAUUUACUGAUGGUGUUGGAACAAUAUCAAUACAACUUCGUGAUGAAAUAAAAGAAUUCUUGAAACGUCGUCGUGAUUUUAGUGUUUUACAAAUUCGUUAUGGUGGUUGUAAAGGUACAUUUUCAGUUGAUCCAAGACUUGAUACUCAACAAUAUCAAUUACAAAUUCGAGAUUCAAUGAAUAAAUUUAUCAGUGAUCAUGAUAUACUUGAAAUAUGUAAAUUAUCAGCACCACAAAUUCUUAUGCUUUGUACUCUUUAUCUCAAUCGACAAGAUAUUGUUUUACUUGAAAGUCGUGAUAUACCUCAUACAACAUUUCUUUGUCUACAAAAUGAAGAUCAUUUAUGGCUUAUUCGUUCUCUAUUAACACCAUCAAUUGCAUAUGAAUUAUUACAAGAAAAAAUCUUACCAAUAUUUCGAUUACAUAAAAUAGCUCGAAAAAUAAAUAUAAUUGAAGAACAAUUUUUUAUAAAAUUAAUUACAACAUGUGCAUUUAAUAUUAUACGUGAAUUAAUUGAUCGAACAAGAAUACGUAUAUCAGAUAAAAAAGCAAGAAAUAUGUUUGGUAUUGUUGAUGAAUAUGGUAUAUUAGAAUAUGGUCAAGUCUUUAUUCAAUAUACAAUCAUGCAUGAAAAUAAAUUAUAUUUAACCAAAGAAGAAAAAUAUUUAAGAAAAAAUAAUAUUGAUCAAUGUAGAAUUUUAACAAAUAAAGUUGUUGUUACAAAAAAUCCAUGUCAUCAUCCAGGUGAUUUACGAGUAUUUGAUGCAAUUGAUUGUCUUGAAUUAAGACAUUUAAAAGAUGUAAUUGUUUUUCCACAAAAAGGUCCUCGACCACAUUCAAAUGAAAUAUCAGGAUCGGACUUAGAUGGCGAUGAAUAUGUUGUUAUAUGGCAUGAAGAUUUAAUACCACAAACAUCAAAUGAAACUGCUUAUGAAUAUGAUUCUCAAGAAGAUCCACCUAAACUGAAUCAUCCAAUAACUCGAGAUGAUAUUAAUCAAGUUGUUAUGGAAGUUAGUGAACAAGAUUGUCUUGGAACUUUAUCAAAUAUUCAUUUAGCUUAUGCAGAUAAACAAGGUAUUAAAUCAGAAACAUGUAUAAAAUUAGCUGGAGAUAUUUCACAAGAAGUAGAUGCUGCAAAAACUGGUAAACAUCCUUUAACAAAUGAAGAAAUUGUUAAACUUAGGAAAGGACUAGAAGACAAAUGGCCAGAUUUUAUGAAAGGACGUGGAAAAAAAGAAUACUAUCCAUCAGAACGUAUUCUUGGUAAAUUAUAUCGUUCAGCACGUCGUGCUGUCGUAGGUUGGAGUCGUGCAAUAAGUAAUCAUGGUAAUUUACGUCAUAUAAAUUUAGCUCUUGCAUUAACUUCUGGUACGGAUAUUAAAGAUCAAGAAUUAGAUGAUGAAACUAUUAAAAAAUCAAAUAUAUUAAUAAAUGAUGAACAAUUACUUGAUCCAUUGAUAAAACAUGACAAUUCGAAAAAAUAUCUUUCAGAAAUAAAAACUUUAUAUAGAAUCUAUCAAACUGAAUUACUUGAAAUUAUAAGUUUAUAUCGUUUUCAAGAUGAAAUUGAUCUUUUUUGUCGUUGUGAAUCAAUGGAUGCAUCAGCAGGUGGAAGUAAAAAAGGUAGUCUUGAAGAUUCAGCUGCAAUUGAAGUACAAAAUUUAAUUUAUAGAAUAAAACAAGAUUUUUAUAAUGAAUUUGAUCAACGACGUCAAAAUAAUGGAUGUUGUAAAUUCGUAAAGAAUCCAGAUUUGAAUCGUACAAAAAGAAUUGAUUGUGAAUUUUGUAAUGAAAAUAAAUUAGCUAAAGCAGCUUGUGCUUAUAUUUAUAGUUAUCAACAAAGUAAUCGUUUACCAACAAAAUCUAAUCGACGUAUACUUAGUUUUCCAUGGCUUUUUUCUGAACAUCUUAUUGAAUUAAGAUAUAAAAAUAGAUCGAAAGAUUUUAUUGAUCAAUCAAAUCAAAUUGUUAGUAAUGCAUGUUCAGAUUAUUUGAAAAAUUUAGAACCAAAAUUUAAAGUUUUUAUUCCUGAAUAUUCGAUUGAUAUUCCAUUAGUUGAAUUUUAUUAUAGAAAAAUUGAAGAAAAACCAAGAAGUUUAUUACGUAUAAAUGGAAAAUCUAAUGAAAAAAUUUCUCCUGUACCAUUAUUACGUGCUUGUUUUAUUGAAAUUUUAAAUGAUUGGUUAAUAAAACAAAAUAUAUUUGAUGAUAAUUGUAUUGAAACUGAUCAAAAACCUUUAAUACCUGAAUCAAUUUGGCAUGAAUUACUUAUAAGAUUUCUUUCAAAUAAAAAUGAAAAUAAUGUUCGUCUUAUAUUAGCUUUACAAACUCAAAAUUUUAUUACAGAACGUUAUCGUCAAAUUAUUAAUAAUUAUCGUAUUCAAUGGACAAAUACUGAAGAUCAACAAUUACAAGAUAUGUUUCUUGAAAUACAUAAACUUGCAAGAGAUUAUAGUCAAACAACACAAUUAACAAUAUGGUCUUAUCUUGAUGAAUAUAUUAUGUUAGCUUUACAAUGUAUUGGUAUUGAAAAGAGACUUGUUGAUAAUUGGAUAUGUUCACCAACUAUUUAA